AGAAACUAGCAGGAUUGUGCAAAAAGUUGGUGCAUUACGCGGAUCGACCGGAUCUCUGUGCGAGUAAACCACUCGGUUGAUCCUCCGGGAUUUUCCAUUCAAGUUCGUCUACUCGCAAGAAAGUUCGUGUCUCUCGAUAAACCUAUAACGGGGGAAGAAAUCUUACGCGGAAACUCGGAGAGAAUGGAAUUCGCGAGGAUGGCUGGCUGGUUGAGUUUUGUUCUGGUUGCGACCGCAUCGAUGAUCGCGAUGACGGAAUCGAGGGUGAUUCCAGCCGAACCUAUUUCCGUCAUGUUGGACUCUUACGGUAACCCCGUGAUGUUUCUGAGAGAAAAGAGAACGGCCGUGCAUCCUUAUCCGCAAAGGGCGAUGAUGUUCACCGGAUAUUACAGACCGAUUCGUCGCACGAAUAACGGCGGUCAGGCAACAGGCGUUUUCGCGCAAGGAAACUCCGUAAGCGGUGAAGCCUUCUUCGGCGGUGUGCCGCAUCUCAAGAACGGCCCUGAACCGAUCGACGAACCGGAAAUUUCCAGUGCCGAGGCACAGGCGGCACCGGCUCCCGGAAAGGAUCAGAAACCGCCAUCUCAAGAGCAUCAUUAUCAGAACGAGGUACAUUAUCAGCACAAGCAGCAGCAGCAUCACGAGCAGCAUCACCAUCACGAAGAAGAAGAAGAAGAACAGCAACAUCGUCAACAAGAUUCUUUGACUCCCCAGGAAAAUCACGAGCCAGAACAGAUUCCGCUGACCACGGAGAUCGCACAGUCGGACGAAGAACCAGCCAGUACGGAAGCGUCCCGGCCAAAAGUGCAUCGCAACAAAAAGACGCACAAGACACCGGUGAUUGUCAAGGACGAGGACGACGACGACGACGACGACGAAGGCGAAGUGGAUGAAGAAGAUGAGGCGCCAAUUGUGCCGUUCGUGCCGUUUAAGGGCAACAAGAGACGACAGGGAUAUCCCAAUCUGAAUAAUUUCUUUCCAAUGGUCUUCAGUUUCCCGAGAGUAGCUACUCGCGCUGGUUCGUCUGGUUCUCCACCCGGCGCAAUCACGGCCAUCGCGAAUAGUUACUCCACAGGAAGGGGUGGCGUAGCCAGUUCGGUAGCUACGGCCUAUGGCGGGUCUCCUACUGGGAAGAAACGACGCCCGCAGCCAUACGAAGAAUAAUUUCUAAAACGAUCGAUGUAUCGCAUUGAAGAACUGAGUUUUACAUUAUCGUUCGGAAAGAUAAUUCGGAAGAUAAAAACCAAAACUGUCAUUUUAUUUGCCUUUAGCAAAAAUCAAAAUAUUUAAAGAUAAAAUAAUUUCUAGUUACUCAUCUUUGGUGAAACAAUCAGGAAUUAAUUUAAAAUAACAUUUAAAGUCUUAAAGAUUGUGCAAUUUAUUACGUAAGGUAGUAAUAGUUUAUUGUAAAGUCUAACUCAAAUUCUCGUGACUCUUCUUUCUUAGUGUUUUAAUUAGAGUGAGCUUUAAAUCAUUAUAUUGCUCAGUAAUGUUUCAAUUUUUUUUCAGUAAAUUACUUAAUUUUGCGAUUUUUUAGGCAAUUAUCGUCUCAAUAAUAGUAAGUUCGUGUAAAUUUAGAUUCAACUUUGGUUCUUAAAAUAAAUAUUUCUAGCAUCCUUUUAAUAAUUACUGCUAUAAUUUAUAGUAGUAUGUAAAGAAUUAAUAUAGUUUCAUCUCAUCACGUUUGCGCGUUCUCGUGUAGAAUAAAAGAUUAUUAUUACAAUUCAUUACGUGACAUAACACAAUUAUACUAUAUUUCUUAAAACAGAGAUAAAUGUUCUUUCGACAGGCUAUGUAAUUAUGUCGUAAAUUUAACGCAGAAAUAAAAAUAUAUUAAAAUACAA